CACUGCUGGUCCUCCUGGCCCAUGCAGACAUACAUGGACCACUUCCCACCCUGCCCAGAGCCAUACGACUUAGGCUUAAUCAACUCUUCAUGGGAUCUAGGGCCUCUGAUUGCACUAGAUCAUCAGCACAUCUAUCAUUCAUGCAUAGCUGAGAACAUCAAGGAGGAGAAAUGACAGUCCUUUUUUUUCUCCAGGUGGCAAUGGAGACCAUUUCUGGGCAAGGCUACAUGGUGGGACUGUCUCAGGGACUCCGUCUGCUGAAGUCCUGGGCUCACAGCAGAUAACUCUGCCAAGUAUCUCUGCCUUCCUUUCUGAGCUGGCUGAUUCCAUAUACAUUGUUUGCCAGGUGUUUGGGUCCUCAGUUCUCUGCCCAUUCAGCCUCUCCCUACCUAGCUCCUCUUCUUUGCCUCUGAUUGUUGCUCUCCACAUGUCUUCUGAGCCCAUAAUCAUAGCUGUGGCAACACAGUCUCAUUCUUUGUCACCCUGAGAGGGAACCAUGCCCAGUAAUAAUAAUCAAAUGCCCCACAAUGGAGAGGUCCCCAACGAGCCCUGGAAGCCCCUCACCUUCUCCCCAGCCUGGCUCACAGUGUCAGAGGGAGCAAAUGCCACCUUCACCUGCAGUUUCUCCAACUGGUCUGAGGGCCUUAUGCUAAACUGGUACCGCCUGAGCCCCAGAAACCAGACUGAAAAACAGGCUGCCUUCUGCAAGGGUUCCAGCCAGCCCGUCCAGGAUGCGCGCUUCCAGAUCACACAACUACCCAAUGGGCAUGAGUUCCACAUGAACAUCUUUGACACACGGCGCAAUGACAGUGGCAUCUACCUCUGUGGGGCCAUCUCCUUGCCCCACAAGAUACAAAUCAAGGAGAGCCCUGGAGCAGAGCUCGUGGUAACAGAGAGAAUCCUGGAGACCGCAACAAGAUAUCCCAGCCCAUCACCCAGAACACCAGGCCAGUUUCAAGGCUUGGUCAUCGGUAUCAUGAGUGUCCUGGUGGGUGUGCCCGUGUUGCUGCUGCUAGUCUGGGUCCUAGCUGCUUUCUGCUCAACAGGUAUCUCAGAGACCAGAGGAGCUGGAAGCAAAGAGGAGCCUCUGGAGGAGAACCCUUCAGCACCACCUGUCUUCAGUGUGGCCUAUGAGGAGUUGGAAUUCCAGGGACGACAGAAGACUCCAGAGCUCCCUACCUCCUGUGUGCACACAGAAUACGCCACCAUUGUCUUUGCUGAAGGGAUGGGCACCUCAUCCUUAGGGUGUAGGGGCUCAGCUGAUGGCCUGCAGGGUCCCAGGCCUCCAAGGCAUGAGGAUGGACACUGUUCUUGGCCCCUUUGACCAGAUCCUGCAGCCAUUAGCAUCCCACGGACCCUCCACAGAGAGCGCAGGUCCCUUCUUCUAUCAAGAGGAACAUGCAGGCUACAAUGCAACACAGACUCCCAGGGCCUGAGCUACCUGGAGUGACAACCCAAAACUUGGACCAGUUCCAAUUCAUGCAUUGUUGAGUGACAGUACUCUUAAUGAUUACCAAAAGCUAGAGGCAGCAGGUAUCCCUGUUCCCUAAUGUCCCAAGAUACAGAGCUGGUCAGAGGCAGUAUCUCCUGAAUCCGGUGGCUGGGCACUGCUAGGGGCUUGAGACACUAUAGCCUAUGGCCUCUGGGAAUCCUGUGCCUGGAAAUGGGGGACCUGAUUAGAGACUGACUUUAAGUAGCCUUGUGAGGCAACCCCAUAAACAAGGAGGUCCAGGGACACAGUAAGCAUAGCACAUAAAGAUGCUCUUGAAAGAUACUCAGGUGGGAAAAAUCAUAGGCUGGGGGACACAGUGACCCUGAACUCAUCCCCAAGACCUUGAGAAGGUUUGGUGAAGGCUGUAAAAUCUCCUAUCUUCAGAGGAAGUAUGAGUAUUCGCCAGGCAAAAGCUCUGUGAGAGUCCCCCUGUUCUCCUGUUUGCCCAGGUAUGUGCUUUUUCUACAGCAGGGAAACUAAGGCAGUAAAAGGAACCAGCAGAGCUAGAGACCCACCCACAUCUCUGGUGAGGCACUUGACUCUCCCUACUUUCCCCUAGGAACCAAAAGGACAAGGUCUAUGUUAGCAGUAAGGAAGGGAAAGGGGGAUACACAGCUUUGACUCAUACCAGCUGUGACCAUUGUGGGCAGUGAUUCAGGUGUUAGGAUCCACUCAUUCAUUCUUUCCUAGAGUCCAGUUCUGGAUUCCAUUUACACUGCAGGUCCCUGAAAUGGACAACUGUUCUAAGGGUUCCCUUGACACUUAAGACAGUUGAGGUAACAAGAGCCUAGCUGUCUGGUGGACACCCAAAAUGACCAGGGCUCAGGGGUCCCUUUCCUUUGGUUCAAGCCUGUUAUAAUUAAAUGACAACAAAAUCUCUAAAGAAGUUCUGUUCUAUUUCUGGUGGUGUUGGGGCAGGGGCAGUAGAGGAAGAGCUGCAGGGCCAGGCUGAGGCUCUAGGCGAACUAGUACAGGGCACCACCCUCUUCAGGCCCAGCUUGAGUCAGUCCUUGCCAUCACUGAGAUACACUGUCACUGCCCUAGCCUCAUCCCCACUCUUACAUGUCACCAACCAGAUACAAAAGACCUCAAGGGCAGAUACUGAGAAAGAGGCACGUUCCCCUCUCCAGCCCUCUCAGACUCCCACAGCCACAUCCCAGCAGGAAGGUGCCCUGGGCUGCUAUGCCUGUGUCCCCCAUGUCCUCUAUGUGUUUUUCCAGGCAUGGCUCCAUGUGCUUGGAGCCAUCUCAUUAGGGUGGGUGGAGUCUAUCUGGUUAUGAGAGCCUGUACCUGUGGGUCCCUCCCCGGAGUACAGAAUAGGACACUGAAUAAAAAGAUAAACUUGUUCCCAACCCAUCACUAUCCUGGGGUCUUGACUUUUGACCACAGAGGAAGGCAACUUCUGUCUAGAGAAACAGAAAGCCUGGCCCAGGGCCUCUGGGUGCUACCCACCCACUCUCUAGCCCUUCAAGU